AUCACAUUCACUGUCACUCACUGAAAGGCGAAGACGAACGAAAAUGUUUCACGGUAAAAUUAUGUCUCUGAUUACUGCCAAUAGCAAAUUUUGUCACGUUUUGAGAAUUUUAUGAACUUUGUAAAAUCGUCUGCAGUGUUAAGGAAGUUAAAUAAAUUAAUGUUAUCCAUCUAACUUAGUCUAGUGAACGUACCACUUUUAAACCUUUAUUCUGUUUUCUUUACAAAUUAGUAAUCACUCACAAGAAAUUGGCAUUGUUUUGUUUUGGAUGCAUAUAACCUGGUCUGUAGAAGAAAUAAAAUAAAAUGGAUAACCUUGAAAUGAAUUUAACCGAAGAACAAACGGAAAAAGUCUUACAGUUUCAGGACUUGACGGGAAUAGAGAACGUGACGUUAUGUAGAGAUGUGCUCCAGAGACACCAUUGGGAUCUGGAAGUAGCGGUGCAAGAUCAGCUGAACAUCAGAGAGGGUCGGCCUACGAUGUUCUCCAGCGACCACGCUCCACCUAACGUCGUCAGUGACUCUGUGGCGCAACAUGUGUUUCACACACCUCCGGCCGGAUACAACCCUGGCAACAACAGUUGGAGCUUCAUAAGAUACAUAGCCACAGUAUUCUUUCACUUCUGCUACGACACGUUGACCAGUUUGUUAGGAACCACAUAUCGUCUGAUGUUCGGAGAUACAGGAAGACCAGCGGUCACUGAUCCCGUGGGAGAUGUGAUGCGGUUCGUCCAACAGUUUGAAGAUACGUACGGCCCCAUUCAUCCUGUGUUCUACCAAGGGUCGUACGGCCAAGCUAUCAGUGAUGCCAAACAAGAACUGCGCUUUCUACUCAUUUAUCUGCACCAAGAUAAUAACAACAACUGUACCAACUUUUGCAGGUUUACCCUAAGCAAUGAGACAGUGGUCCAGUUCAUCAACAGCUCCAUGUUGUUCUGGAGUUGCAAUACCAGCUCAGGGGAGGGUUAUAGAGUGGUGCAGUCCCUCCAGACGCACACGUACCCUCUACUCGCUGUCAUCAUGCUCAAAGACAACAGAAUGACUGUCGUCGGCCGAAGUGAAGGUUUUGUGGAUGCAGUAGAGCUUGUCAGACGACUGCAGACCAUUAUUCAGGCCAAUGAGGCUGCUUUAGUGGCAGCAAGAGCUGAAAGGGUGGAGAGAAGUUUCAACCAGACUCUGCGUCGUCAGCAGGACGAGGCUUACGAGAUGUCUUUACGAGCUGACGAGGCUAAGGAGAGGAGACGCAGAGAGGAGAAAGAACAGCGGGAGGAGGAAGAGAGGCUCGUGAGAGAGGCGGAGGAGGCAGAACGGCAGAGAAAAGAGGAGCUACAACGACAGAAGAUUGAGUUGGUUGCUCUGGUGCCGAGGGAGCCACCUGCUGCAGAUCCGCAGUCUGUCUGUGUUGUGUUUAAGAUGCCCAAUGGAACAAGACUCGAGCGGAGAUUCUUGCAAACUCACACGUUAGAGGACAUUUUCCAUUUUGUGUUCUGCCAUCCUCAAUCACCAGAUGAAUUUGAAAUCACAACAAAUUUCCCAAAGCGAACUUUAGACUGUAAAGGACCCUCAAAAACACAGACUUUAAAUGAGUGGGGGCUUAGGAAAGGUGAAGUGCUAUUUGUCUAUGAUCUUGAAUCAUAAGAGAUACUUGAUUCAUUCUCAAAAUGUGCUAGUGUUAAGAUGUGUUAUUCUUAUUGCAUUUGUUACAUAUACGUUUUCUCUGUAUUUUUAUACAUUACUUAGAAUAAGGCAAUUUAUUUACUGAUUUGCUUCCAUAUAUCCUUAUUGUUUGUUCUAAAAAAAUAUGAAUGUUUUUUGUACUUGUUAAUUUUAGGUUUUGAUUUCAGUGAUUUCACUGUAACGGUUGUAAACAGGUCUUUCCACAACCAAAUCUCAUGUAAAUAAAAAGAGCAAUCUUAAAUAUUUCCUAGCACACAAUGUAUUUAAUAAAUUGUUUUGUUGUUA